CGCCGCAAGCUCUGGCAGAUGCGCGCGCUCGGCAGACGUGCAAGCUCUCGUGUCGCAGGCAGGCAGCGCUGAGAGAGAGGGCCGCGCUCUGUCUCUCGUCCAGAGAUCCGAGCCUCCUACACGCGGCAGUGGACGAGCAGAGUGCGGGCGCGUCGUCUUCGUCGCGGACUCCUGCCAGAGAAACAGACGGAGAGAGAGAGAGAGAGCCGGUAUCUGCUGCGUUGCGGUGCGGGUGUGCGACGUCGCCGGGUGGGUGGCGGGUGGCGCUAUAAUAGGGGGUGGCUUCGAGAGGAGCGAGCGAGAGCGAGAGAGAGCUGCAGCAGCAGCGGCAGCGGCGGCGGCAGCACAGUGUGCCAGUUGGCCCAAGAUGGCGGACGACUCGGCGGUGGCCGCUGCGGGCGAGCUGGCCCUAGCGAGGAGCAGCAGCAGCGACCAGCAGCCGAGCUUCCGCGAGCGUGAGGCAGAAGCAGCAGCAGCAUCGAGCCAGUGCAGCGAGUGUUGAGCGCAGGCAGAGCGGCUACACAGUGCAGCGAGCUUGCGAGCGUGUUCCACAUCAAGUUCAGAUCGGCGAGGGAGAGAGCCAGCCGCCGGCGGCAGCAGCACGUUCGGGGCCUCCAGCAGCAGCAGCAGCAGCAGCUGGCUCCUCAUCUCUCGCGGGAGCGGGAGCUCGAAAAGGCGCGGGACAGUCGCUGGUGCGAAAUGAACGUGAACGUCGCGACGCAGCAGCAUCAUCUUCUCGCCAAGGUGUUGUCAGCACGGACGAUUACCAUCAGCAGCCGGCCUGAGGAGCAGCAUCAGAGGGGCGUCUUUUUCCACGCAUAGUAGUCUUCCUCGCUCAAAAAACGCACGUCCAACUUCUUCCCCUGAAAAGAGAAACUUGGUCUUCUGCAAGCAAAUCUUCCUCUCAGCCACACACACACACACACACACACACACACACACACACAGAGGCGCAAUCGAGCAGACUCAGAGUGAAAACGAGCGAAGAAGGAUAGGUUGGCCGGACGAAUUGGGUCUGGGUGCUGGUGGUGGCGGCGGUGGCGGUGGGGCCAGCAGUAGCAGCGGCGGCGCGAGCAGUAAUAACGGUAGGGUGAGGAAGCGCAGGUGCCGCACAGGCAGGCGCUCCGCAGCAGCGAACAAGUGUAACAUGGCGACGACGAUGCCGGGGGUCGGCUACACAUCCGUCAAGGAGUUCUACCGGGACCGCUCGAUCUUCAUCACCGGCGGGACCGGUUUCAUGGGCAAAGUCCUCGUCGAGAAGCUUCUGAGGUCCUGUCCCGGAAUCAAGAACAUCUACCUGCUCAUGAGGCCCAAACGCGGCCAGGGUGUGCAGCAGAGACUGCAGGAAUUGCUCAAUGCUCCCCUGUUCGAAAAGCUCCGACAAGACUGUCCGCAUGAAUUGUUGAAAAUCGUGCCGGUGGCCGGGGAUAUUACGGAGCCGGAACUGGGCAUCUCGGAAGCCGACCAGGAGCUUCUGAUACGAUGUGUCUCGGUGGUCUUCCACUCGGCUGCCACCGUCAAAUUCGACGAGGCCCUCAAACUGUCCGUUACCAUCAACAUGCUCGGCACGAAGCGUCUCGUUCAGCUCUGCCAUCGCAUGCACAAUCUUGAGGCCCUGAUCCACGUAUCGACAGCGUACUGCAACUGCGACCGUACCGACGUGGAGGAGAUAAUCUACCCGGCUCCUCACGAUCCGGAGCAGAUCAUCUCCUGCACCACGUGGAUGGACGACAGUCUCGUGGAGGAGCUGACGCCGAAGCUCAUAGCCAACCGGCCAAACACCUACACCUUUACCAAAGCUCUGGCGGAGAGUAUGCUACGGACCGAGUGCGGCAGUCUGCCCGUCGCCAUCGUCAGGCCGUCCAUCGUACUAUCAUCCUUCCGGGAGCCUGUGGCCGGCUGGGUCGACAACUGGAACGGCCCGACCGGUAUCAUCGCCGCCGCUGGCAAAGGUUUCUUCAGAACGAUGCUGUGCCACGAGGAUAAGGUCGCAGACCUGGUGCCAGUGGACAUCGUGAUCAACCUGAUGAUCGUGGCGGCGUGGCGAACAGCGACGCACCGCACGGAUCAGAUAACCAUAUACAACUGCAGCACCGGCCAGCAGAAUCCCAUUACCUGGAAGCACUUUGUCGACCUGUCCUUCAAGUACAGUCGCAUGCACCCGACGAACGGAGCGAUCUGGUAUCCGGGCGGCCGAUGCCGGAGCUCGGCGUCGCUCAACCGCAUCUGCGUCGCGUUCCAGCACAUCGUCCCGGCGUACGCCCUCGAUCUUCUGGCCAAUUUGCGCGGCAGCAAGCCCAUCAUGAUGCGCGUUCAGGCGAAGCUCCACAAGGCCGCCAAGUGUCUCGAGUACUUCAGCACGCAGCAGUGGAACUUCAAGGACGAGAACGUCAAGCGGUUGGGACAGCAGCUCAGCGCUGACGAUCGGCAGACUUUCAUGUUCGACGUCAAGCAAAUCGACUGGCCAGCCUACCUCGAGAACUACAUUCUUGGUAUCAGGCAGUUCAUACUCAAGGAGAGCCCGGAGACACUGCCAGCAGCUCGCUCACACAUCACGAGAUUGUACUGGCUGCACAAAGCGGUCCAGGUGGGCACGGUGCUGCUCGUAAUGCGGCUCCUGCUGUCGCAUAGCACCUGGGCCCGAGGGGCCUGGUUCUCCCUCCUGUCGUUUGUGCUGCGCAUGUGCCGCAUGAUUGUUUGACGACUCAGCAGUAGCGCGAGGCCGAUCAAGGCGCCGCAUAAGAUCACCACCAUAAUUAACAACAGCAACCACAUCAGCAACAGCAGCAGCGAUAACUUCGAGCGGAAGACUAUUAUUAACAAUAAUCAACUGAACUCGGCUAGGAAGAUAGAGCUGAAGAUGCGCCUCCAGGUAGCAGCACCUCAUCACAGCAGCAGCUUACGCGGUUUUGUACCCAUACCUGACCUCAAGUUCUUGCUCACGUUCGUUCUGAUGGCGACUUGAGCCGUGCCACCGCUGUUGACUCUCUGAACUUCGAUACGACAAACGAGACCCUCACGCAACACUACUUUACAACAGUAUAUAAACAAAUGCAGGCCAAUGGAGAGGAUGUCGGCUACACAGCGCCGGCCGUUUACGUAGAUCGAGUCGAGAGUCGAUUCAGAGCGAAGGGAAAAAAUAAAAAGUAUAUAAAACGACAAAAAAAUAAUCAUGGAAUUGGAUCUUGGUCUUUUUACCGCGGGACGACGAAGGAGCGUCUUACUGUGUAAUAGUGAAGUAUAAACGAAGGAAUAACCGUAUAUGAUAAAUAGAGCACGCGCGCACGGGGGAAGAGAAUUCUUAUAUGAGGCCGCGAGUUAUUUAAGGUAACGGCUGAUGAAAAAAAAAGUAAAGUAUAACAAAUAAGAAAAUCGUACUACCCCGAGUGUGGUAAAACAAGUAGCUUCCAGUACCAAAAACACAUAAAUAAAAACGACAAAAAAAGAAGUAUGCUUAAACAGAUUUAACAAAAAGAUAAAUAAUAUAAAAUAAAAUCGACAAGCUUCGUAGUGCAUUUUUUGUAGCGUGUCGACGUUAUAAACAAAGAAUUAUAAUGAGAAGUAAACAAAACAAAGAAAAAAACACACGAGGAUAUGAGUAUCGCGCGUGCACUAGCGCGCGAUGCGCAACUGAUAUUAUAAGCGUUCGUUUUUAAAGCGCCGACGAAAAUUUUCGAGAGGAGUGUGAACGAAGCCGAGAGCGAGAGAGCGAAAGAGAGCGAGAAAGUGUGUGUGUGAGAGAGAGAGAGAGGGAGAGAGAGAGAGAGAGAGAGAGAGAGAGCGAGUUAUAAAAAGUUAUUGAUAUUAUAUAAUAAAUUCAGAAAGAAGCCAGAUUUUAUGCUUCCGACACACAUUUGUGAACGCGCCGCGCCACCACGCAUUCGAACAAAAAAAGAGACACGUUGUAACAUGCAGAACACGUACACGCGCAUAUACUUAUUCCCGCUCGUCAUUCUCCUCGAAGUCGAUGAACAAGUUUAAUAACGAGAUAUACAUACCAGUGAAAUAUACUUAUACAACAAUACCAUACGUUGCACCGGGUCAAUUUUUUAUAAUGACGCUUGUAAAACGCGCGAGACGAUGAAGACCGCGUGAAACACGCAUCAACAAUCACACACGAGAUAACAAAAAAUAAUAAUAAUAAUAAAAAGUAAAGAGAGCGAGCGGAAGAGCGAGAGAGAAAGAGAUAAAUAAUAAAAACAUAUUUAAUAAAGCGCACGCACGACGCGACGGUUCAUAAAAAAGCGUCGUGCUCCCUCGGGUAUUGUCGGUAUCUGACAUUCUUCUUAUACUUUUACGCCGUGACGUAAGAUACCUAGACGGAUAUUUUUUGCUACGUCCAAUUUAGUAAAGAUAAAUAAAAAUAAAAAACGAGAGAGAGAGAGAGAGAGAGAGAGAGAGAGAGAGAGAGAGAGAGAGAGAGAGAGAGAUAGUAGAACAAAAAUAAUAAUAACAAAGUAUCGAGGUUGUUUGAUCGUUGUCGUGCGCGCUUAGUAUGUUUAAGAGAAGGUUUAUUAUAUGAGAGAGAGAGAGUUUUUUGUCCAGGGCUUAUCGCGCUGUAGUAGAUAAAUCGCGUUUUUUCGCAGCGUCACGCCCGAUGUGUCUCAUCGGUGUAGGCAGACGAGCGUGUAUCGAUUAAAUUUUUAGAUGUACAUUUAUUGAAAGAAAAUAUGCGAAAACUGGGUGACACACACGGUGUUGAUUUUGGGAAUUGCAACGAGAUCUCGCGAUCUCCUUGUAUACUUUUUUCGUCGUUCUUUUGGAACGAAGAUAAUUCAAGCUCUAUGUUGAAUAGCCACGUUAGCUCCUUUCGCGACGGUCGUUCAUGACCAUUUUCUUCAAUUCUGAGAUGAAAGGGCGAACAAACUCGUGAAGCACAACACGCGUCUAGAGCAAAAAUUUUUAGGACAAUUUUCUCGAUCUAAACCAGGCUUAUGAUACUUUUGUUUGUCGCUUUCAGUCGAUGUAAUUAUUAGUAUUUAAUAAAGGCGUUAAUACUAGUUCAUUGACUUAACACAUGGAACUUUAUUAACGUGGACGACGCGGCAGCGAUCGAGUUAACGUGACUUUUCGACCGGCCAAUUGUUGUAUUAAGUCGAGCUAAUAUACGCAGCAACACACACUUUUAAACAAAACGGCGCUCGGAGUAAUUAAUUCGAUCUGCGCUUACAAUUGCAGGUGCGAGUGUACCGCACGGGAAGUAACAAAAUAAUAAAGUAUAAACAUAAAAGUUUAGCGCAGCAAAAGUUAUUAAACAAAGUAUAAGAGAUGGAAGCGGAAUAAUAAUAAUAAAAGCAGAAGCUAUAUCGCAUACCUCGACCGAGAGUGAGGAAGACGUAUAUAUUGUAAUAAUAUUGUUGUUUGAUUUUCAUCGCAAAAUACCUCUAUGUAUCUUACAGAACGCUAUUAUUAUAUUGCCGGAAAUGUUAUUGAACGUCACCCUCAUUGCGUAUACCCAGGCAUGCAUAUUACACACAUACACUUCAUCGUUCAUUCAUCGCUUAUCAAUUUUGAAGACAUUGGCAACUCGGCAUAAUAGUUACUACAUACGUUGAUAUCGUGCGCGUCUUCGAGCGACCGUCCGCGUAUACCCGCCCCCGAUACCCUAAACAAAUUUCUUUGUGUAAUUGUACUAAGCUGCAGCGAUUGAUCUUAUUAUAAGUAUAUGAAAAAAAAAAACAACAAAUGUAAACCGCAGCGGAGUCUCGCUCUCGUAUUAUUUGAAGAAUAAAGAAAAAAUGACGAUUUAAGUAUAAAAAGAAGUAAAGCGAGAAGUAAAAAAAAAGAAAAUACUAGAAAGGUUAGAUAAAAUUGUGUAAAUAAUAUAUAAAGUAAAGUGACACCGAUUAUUAACUCGCGAGUUAUUUAAAAAAUAAAACGAAUGUCAUCGAGAAUCUCACAAUACUUGAGACACGACAUACAAUUGGCUCGAUUAUACUUGAGCGUGAAAGUGCGAGAGAGAGAGAGAGAGAGAGAGAGAGAGAGAGAGAGAGAGAGAGAGAGAGAGAGAGCGAGAAAGAGAGUUUUCUGCCUGAUAAAAAGCCAGGGAUCGACACGUCUAAAUAUUUCGGCCAAUAAUAUAUGAUUUCCUUCGGUUAUAUUACAUGCUAUAUAUAUAUAUAGUAUGAUAUUGUUCGCGCUUGUAAAUAAUAGUUAUUUAAGACUUGUAUAACUUAACGUCAUCAGCAGAUUAUAAUGGUAGCACUAUACUCUAUAAGUUUGAAAGUCGUACGAAAAACUAAUGACCAUAAACAAGUUUGUACAAAAUAUUCAGAUUUCCUAGUGACUAAGGAUAUUAUAUUGCAUAGAGAGAGACUGCUAAAACGAUUUUGUCACCUUUGCACAGUCAUAUUGAUUAUAUUUCGUGAGCGUCCAAAUAGAUGUAUUCGUAAAACUCUGCCAAAUUACGGCGAUAUUAUGAAGUCGUUGAAUAUAUUUAGCAUCUCUUUUAUAAUUUUUUAGUUCACCGUAUACUACGUUGUGUGCGUACAAUUAUUUCAUAAUUUAUAUAUAUUACUAUUGAUAUCGCAUAUAGCGUUAAGCUUAUCAUAGACUACGUUUGUAUAUAGGAUGAUUUUUGUAUCGAGGUGACAAGUGUCCGGCUUUAUAUUAUUAUUAUUAUUAUUAUACAGAUCCAUGUUGCUUCAUGUUUCGUUCUAUUUAUAUUCUAUUUAUUCUAUACUAUGACUACAAUUAUACACGAACCGCUGAGUCAAGUAGAGCAAAAACGAAAGGGUCUUAAAACAUUAUUAUUCGGCUGCAAUUAUAUAAGUUGAAGAAAAAGGCGACGCUCGCCAAAACGAAAAAUAUUUAGACGCGUCCAGCUCUGCCUCUGUAAUUUAGUUUUUCCUCCGGCGACUCACCAGGCGGAUAACUUAACUAGAAAGACAGAAAGAGAGAUCGAGUGCGUUCGUCAUUCCAGUUUUCAUCGCCGCGUGGCACGUGCGUGGUCCAGGACAGAAAAUUAAUAAAACGAAAAUAAGAGAACACAAAAGUGAAGGAUAAAGAAAGAAAAAAAGACUUUGCCUCGCUGCAGCAGCUCGUUUUCGCGAGACGAGCGAUGGAGAGAGUUUAGAGAAGAUUUUCGAGUGCGUCGCGACGUAUGUAUUCCGUAUAAUUAUUAUGUGACUUGGCGACGAUAAUGAUAUAAUGAUAUUAUUAUUAUUAUUGUGCGCGCGGUUUUCCGAGUAACGAGGGGGAGAGAGAGGGCCGAAGCUCGUGCAUUAUAGCUUCGCAAAAUAUUAUUAUACGAAUAAAGAAACGGAAACGUAAAAAGCUUCGAUCACGCGCGAGAACAAAAAAAUUAUUAUCAUUAUUAUAAUAUAUAUAUAUAUAUAUAUAUAUAUUACGAUAAAGGGCUUGUGUUAUAUAUUAUAUAUUACGGCGUUUUUAUCUUACGAUGAACCUUUGUAUACUUUCGUGCGAAAUUCACGUUUUAUUUUUCAAUUGAUGAUGAUCAUAUACCUAUUUGUAUUAUACAAAGCAUACUGUAAUUAUGUACGAGCAUAUAUAAUUAUUCUAUGAUGUCGUAUAGAGUUUUUCCUUUACGAUAUAUUUUAAAAAUGCGAGAGUAUAAGUGAGAAAGAGAGAAAGAAAGAAAGAGAGAGAGAGAGAGAGAGAGAGAGAGAGCAGAGGGAAUUUUAUUUAUGUGUAUGUGUAUUUAUUGAUUGUGAACCAUUACGUAUAUAUGAAUAAAGGUUACAGACUAAAAA